ACAUUGGAGAACAAUCAAUAAGAUGAAGUUAUUCUCAGUUGUCUCCGUUUUUGUGCUCGGUCUUUUGGCUCUAGCCAGUGCCGUUCCGCUUUCGCCCAAUAAUGACAUCAUCAUAAAUGGACACUGCGAAAAAUGCAGAAUACUAAACGGUCGUUGAUACUCAAGUUAAACCAAAAAACAUUUCAAAAUAAGAAAAUAAUUUGCAAAUGCUUUAUAAUAAAUAAAAAAAAAAAAAAUGAAUCUUUAAUGUAUCUCUACAAAACCAUAA